AUGGCAUCUUCAUCUUUCUCAAAGCUACCACCUACGACCUCUUCCUCAAUAAAGCCUUUUACCAUUACCUUCCCUGAAUCUGAUCUUCAGCAGCUUCAGGACUUCCUGAAGCUCACGCCACUACCUUCGCAAAGCUACGAAAAUUCUCUUCCAAACGGCGAUCGUCACCUUGGCUUGCGCCUGGACUGGUUAUCCCAAGCCAAGAAGAAGUGGGAGACAGACUUUGACUGGCGGCAAGUCGAAGGUCAUCUGAACUCAUUUCCCAAUUUCAAAGCUCAAGUAGACGACAAGCUCGGCACGUUCAGUAUUCACUUCGCCGCUCUUUUCUCCGCAAAGCCAAACGCAAUUCCUGUUCUCAUGCUUCAUGGAUGGCCAGGUUAUACCUUCUCGACUCUUCCAUCUUCACUGUUGACAGACUUUGACGCCGCCGACUGCGCGCGCGUUCUUGAUACCUUGGUCACAUCCGUCCUCAGCUUUCCUGCCUAUGUCGUCCAAGGCGGCGACGUUGGAUCGCGUGUCGCUCGUGUGAUGGGAGCCAAGCACUCAGCCUGCAUAGCUGUGCACUUGAAUAUGUGCUCCAUGAGUCAACCACCUGACACCAGGAUCAGACAUCCUGAUUCCGAGGCUGAGAAACAAGGUCUCAGACGUCUAGAGGAAUGGAAAGCAACUGGUACGGCUUAUGCUAUGGAACAUGCAACAAGGCCGGCUACCAUUGGUGCUGUGCUUGCAAGCAAUCCUGUCGCACUUCUGGCGUGGAUUGGCGAGAAGUUUCUGGACUGGACCGACAAGGAUCCAACGAUCCAGACAAUUCUCGAGCACGUCACGUUGUACUGGCUGACAAAGUGCAUGCAUACUAACCUCUGGUCAUAUCGUCAUUCCUACGGCCCAGCUGCGAAACCACACGACCAUCCUGACUGGCAUCUCAAAAAACCUCUCGGAUACAGCUAUUUUCCGAAAGAACUCAUUCCUAUACCUGUAGCUUGGGUCGCGACGACUGGCAACCUGGUUCAAAGCGCAGUACAUGAAACGGGAGGACAUUUUGCGGCCAUGGAGGAACCAGAAGCGCUAUUGAAAGAUGUGGAGGAAUUUGUGAAUUUGGUAUGGAGAAGGGAAACGGGACUAUGA